AUGUGGCUCUAUAGUACUGACUUCUUUGGGGCCACAGCACCGCCCUUCAUUGACUACUUGAAAGAUAUUCUACGUCGAUAUCCAGAUGGCGGACAAAUUUUGAAGGAACUGAUUCAAAAUGCAGAUGAUGCUCAAGCCACAAAAGUGGUUUUCAUCCAUGAUGAGCGAAGCUAUGGGACUGAGAGCCUUUGGACUGAAGAACUGGGAAAAUAUCAAGGUCCUGCUCUCUAUGCCUACAACAAUGCCGCAUUCACUGAGGACGACUGGGGAGGAAUUCAGAUGGCUGGAAGGAGUGUCAAGCGUGACGACCCGAACAAAGUCGGGAGGUUUGGAAUCGGCUUCAACUCUGUUUACCACAUAACAGAUGUGCCAAGUAUAUUCAGUUCAGGCCACCUUGGCAUGAUGGAUCCCCAAGAAAAAGUAUUUGGAGAGAGAAAUGGAGGAUUUCAGUGGUCUUUGGAUGAUGCUGAAGACCAAGAAGUUCUGUUGAAUAUGAGUGAUCAGUUUCAACCAUUUAGAGAUAUAGUCUCACUUGUGUGUGAACAUGGAUGGUCGAAAGUUGUCAUGGAGGAUCAGCACUUCAAUGGGACAAUUUUUAGAUUUCCUUUACGCAAUGAAGCAUCAGAAAUUUCUGAUAAUCUGUAUGACUCAGAUAAAGUGGUUGAGCUUUUUGAUAGCUUCAUUGCAGAUGCAGAUUUGAGCCUCCUCUUCUUGAAAAAUGUCACCUCCGUGUCCUUGUUACAUAUUAGUGAAGAUGGAGCUGUUAACACCAGACUUGAAGUGAAAUCUUCAGUUCCCACAGAUGGUGUUUUGGAGUCAGAAGAGGAGUCAGUCACUGAGGGUCUAACAAGGUUCAAAGUUAUAACUGUGAGUUCAGAAGACCAAAAAGAGACAAAGUGGCUUCUGACAACAUGUACCAUGAAAGAGGGCGUUGCCGAAGAUCUUGAUUUGCUUACAAAGAAGUUGAGCUUUUUACCUCAAGUUGACCUGGCAUUCCCCUGUGGUGAGAAGAGAGACUGUAGCCAGAGCAGACUGAGCUGCUUUCUCCCCCUUCCAAACAAUGAAUCCAAUAAGACAGGACUCCCAGUUUAUGUCAAUGCAUGCUUUGGCCUCACAGACAAUAGAAGACACAUCAAAUGGCAAGAGGAAGACCAGAGACAUGAUGAACAUGCAUUGUGGAAUGAAAUGCUGAUGAAGAAGGUGUUUCCACAAGCAUACAUCAAGAUCAUUCAAGAUGCCAUUAAACUUGCCCAAAAAUCUAUCCUCCCCGUUUCCUCUGUGUACAAUCUGUGGCCAGAUCUCACUCAGAUACAACACAAAGACAAAUGGCAUGCUCUCACUCUGGAUGUUUUUCAUCACUUAUUCAGACAGAACGUGGCCAUCCUCUCUCUUGCUAAAGAUGAAACACAGUUUAUCUCUCCAUCAGAAGCUGUUUUCCCCUGCAAUGGCCCAACAAGCACCAACAUAUUGUCUGCCAUUAAAAGGGCUUUAGUGUCAUCUGGAGAAAAUCUUGUCACUUUACCAGCUAGUGUUGCAAAGGCCAUAAAUGAGGCCUACCCAAACCCUACUACCCUAAAACAUGUGACUCCAGCAUUCCUCAGGGACAUUCUCCACAGGACCGGCGUGGAUAACAUCACCAAAGACGACAAACUCAGUCUUUUGGAGUACAUUUUGGGUGAUGAACAAUACAAAGAACUUGAGGGUCUUCACCUCCUUCCACUCAGUGAUGGCUCUUUCAGAUCUUUCACAUACAAAGAGGAAGACACUGCUUUGAUUGACAGCCAUGAAUUUCCAAGAGUCUUGCUGCCAUUCUGUAAACCCUUGUUCAUCCCACAUGAUCUGACUCCAGCCUGCAGUGCCCAUCUGAAAGAACUGGCCAGAAGAAAUUUCUUCAAGGUCAUCAACAUUGAUGCAUCCCAUUUGGCUGAAUAUGCAAGACGAUAUUUGCCACCAGACUGGAAGCAGACAGGGAAGAACCUUGUUACAUGGGACAACAACAACAGUCAGCAUCCACCUUCAGACUGGUUUCAAGAAUUCUGGAGCUUUCUCAACAGUCAUUUUAACGAGUUAAGUCCUUUCACUGGCAUACCUCUAAUACCAGUUAGUCCUCUGUCUUGCAGUCAGACUGUAUCAGUAGCAAAACUACAGCAGAGCACAACUCUGAUCUUUCAGAAAAGUAAACAGCUGAAUUUGCCAGACCGAAUAGCUCAGCUGGUGAACAAAGUUGGUGGGACAGUGGUGAGAGGAAAUGAGUGGCUCAAGCAUGUAGACCUUGACUCGUACGUGCUGUACCCAUCUCCAAGGAGUGUUUUGAAGGUCCUGAUGAAUUUAGAUUUCCAGCAUCUUGUCACAGAACUCACAUCUGCCUCUCACACAGCACGCAAUGAACUAAAAGACUAUCUGUCUUGUCUGGAUUCUCUCUCAAAAACAGAGAAAGAUUUUCUCUUGAGGUUGCCUUUGUUUCAAACCAUGAAAGGAUUCAGUGUUGCAGCUCAAUCAAAACAAGCUGUGCUUCUGAUCUCAGGCCUAACAGUACCAACAGAGCUCCCUAUGCCUGAUUCCAUAAUCCAGUGUUCUACUGAGACUGACCGCAGACUGUUACAGCUGCUCAAAGUUCAUCUCUUGGACACCGCCGAAGCAGCCAAUGUUCUUGUUGGCAGCAUAAGGAAAGGCGCUUGUAGCAGUGACAACACUAAAAAAACAAUGACUUGGGUUUUACAGCAUGGUAAGGUGCUUUUCUCACAAAACGAAUCCCUGAAAUGUAGCUGUAAGGACUUGAGCUUCAUUGAGGUGAAUGGACAGCUGAAAAAGGCAUCUGACUUUUUUGAUCCAAGAAUUCAGACUUUUAAAGUCAUCUUUGAGUCACACUUCUUUCCACCGCCUUCAUACACUCAUUCACUGCAGAUGCUGGAAAGCUUAACAGAAAUCGGAUUACUGAAUAAAGAGAUAGAUGUCUCACCUGAACAUUUGCUACAUGCUGCCACCCUGACUGACAAACUGUGUGUGAACUCACAAACUGAGGCUCUAAGAAGAGCUCAGGUUCUGUUGGAAAUGUUGGAAAGUAAUGAUUUACUGUCAAAGUUUUCUCACAAACAAAUUCAUUGCCUCAAAAUGCUUAAAUGGAUCCCAUGUGAACAACCUGGAAGUGACCAAAAAUUCAGUGAUAAAUCUCAGAAGUAUUGUUUGUUUUGCCCAAAUGAAAUAAGACAUUCUGUGUAUAAGGACAUUGUUGGACAUGUAAUGCCACUAACAGGGAAGCUCAGUGACAGAGUUAGCAACAGAUUUGGUCUCAAAGACCUACCACCACCUGAAAAAGUGAUUGAAAAUCUGUCAGUCUUGAAAUCAAAAGCACUGGAAAUGGUUAAUCCUGACACAGAUGUAGACUUCAAAAGACAGCUGCACAGCAUUUACAAACACAUGCAAGACAAUGUCUCUGUAUUUGUUACAAUGAUGAGCAAGGAGACAUGCUGGCUAUGGACUCACAACCAGUUUGUUGCACCCCAGGAUCUGGUUCUUGAAUACCCAAAUAAUCUAGAUCUGAGUUCUUACAUUGGGAAGGUGCCAAGUGAAUUUUUGCCAUACAGAACAUUGUUCCAGAGGUUUGGCCUGAGAAAAGUACUUUCCAGUGAAGACAUUUUGGGCAUUCUGUACUCCAUCCAGCAAACAAUUGAAGCAAGACAAGUGCCAUUUGCAAGUUCCUCAGAGGUCAAAGUGUCAAUAGAAAUUCUCAACUGGCUCUGGAAAGAGAAGAAAACAGUUCAGGAUGACAUCCCAGUGCCAGUUAUUGCUGAGGGAGGAAAAUUUACCCUUAAACCACGAUCAACAGCUCUUUUCUGUGAUGUAAGCAAAAAUGGACUAAAAGAACUAAACUGCAGAGAAGAGGACAUUUAUGUCAUACAUGAGGAAAUUCCAAAAGCAGCCGCUGAAUGGCUGGAAAUUCGUUUUCUCAGUACCCACAUCCUUGAUCCAGAGGAGAUAGGAAUAGAGCAGUGUGGACAAUCUGAACCAAUAACAAUGAGGAUAAAAAACAUUCUUAAAGAGUACGAUGAAGACAGUGACAUCUUCAAAGAGCUCAUCCAGAAUGCAGAGGAUGCUGGGGCAGAUGUUUGCAAGUUCUUGGUGGAUUUCAGAGUACACAGAGAUGCCCCUGAAAGCCUGAUUGACCCUGACAUGGCUCUUUGUCAGGGACCUUGUCUUUGGGCUUUCAAUAAUGAGCAGUUUACAGCAGAGGAUUGGAAAAAUAUUGCCAGAGUUGGCUCAGCCUCAAAGGAAAACAAAGCAGAAAAAAUUGGAAAGUUUGGACUUGGAUUCAACACUGUGUAUCAUGUGACAGAUGUCCCCUCCAUCCUUAGUGGCAACAGUCUUCUCAUACUUGAUCCAAAUGUUACUCAUCUCACAAAACAUAUCAAACAUAAAUCAAAUCCCGGAAUCAAGCUCGAUCUCUCUCAACAGCGACUCUUUCAUUGUUUUCCUGGUCAGUUUGGAUCAUAUGAAAACAUUUUUGACUGUAAUUUUACCAGAAAAAGUCCUCCUGAACCCUAUCCAGGAACUCUGAUCAAACUACCUUUCCGAAGUGAAGAAGAGGCUGCCAAAUCAGAAAUAAACCCAAAAGUGUAUCAAAAACACAAUAUCCUUGAUUUUCAACAUCUCUUUUCUAAGAAUUCACAAACCCAUCUGCUUUUUUUAAAGAACAUCAUUACAUUAUCCCUCCAAAAUAUCCCACACAAUGGAUCAACUCCACCAAGAGAUAAUGAAAUAGAGACCAUCUUCUCUGUGUCCAAAACCACUGUGAGUGCAAUGGAGAUUCCUGAUGACAGCAGUGUGUCCAAGCAACGUCAUGCUGAGAAAUCACUAAUGAAACUUGAUGGUAAAUGCAAAGGACUAAUUGAAUCUUGCACAGUCAGAAUUAUCCAAAUAUCCAGUCAGCUGUCUAAUGAAACUAAACUUCAGUUCUGGCUCCUGUACAACUGCUUUGGGACAGAUGAGUCCUUGAAAAUGGCCCUUCAGAAAAACAAGCAAGCCAGUUUCUCUUUGCCCAUUGGAGGGAUUGCUGUGCCUUUGCAAAAUGAUCCAGAAACUGGAAAAUUCACCACAUUACAAACAGAUCUUGUUGGACAGGCCUUUUGCUUCCUUCCUCUUCCCAUUCACACAGGUCUUCCUGUCAAUGUAAAUGGCACAUUUGCGGUGACAAGCAACCGAAAAGCUCUGUGGGAAACUGGAGUGAAAAAUGACUGGAACAAAGCUCUCCUUCAGGAUCCAGUAGUGACAGCAUAUGUUACUGUACUCAAGGCGCUAAAGAAAAUAUCAGAAGAUAAGCAGCUGGUGAGUUACUGUUAUCACACCUUUUGGCCUGAGAGAGAGAAAGUGACUGAAACUUUCAAGCCUUUAGUGGAUGCACUUUACUCAACCAUUGUUGAUGACUCUGUCGGUCCAGAGCUCUUUAGUGAUGGAGAACAAUGGUUCUCAAUGAACAAUGCCAUAUUUCUACAUGAGAGCAUUGAAAAUGAUGAAAAGAUUGGUGACCUUGCAGUUCAAGUUUGCAAGAAAUAUGCAAAAGGACCCAACCAUGUUGUUCCUCUUCCACUGUGGCUGAGAAAUAGCUUCAAACAGGCUGGCCUAGAAAAGGUUUUACAAAACAGGACCUGGAACUGGGAGAAGUUCUACAGAGAAGCAGUGUUCAGUAACCUAACUACAAUGGACUCGAAGAGUAGAGAUACCCUUGUGCUGCAUGCUAUUGACCUUCAUAUCAAAGAAAUUGACAAUCUGCUGCUCUGCCAUCCAUGCAUACCCACAAAGGAUGGACAGCUCCAACAUGUCAGGAAACUUGUAAAUCCAUCAGGGAAAGUGGCCUGUCUGUUUGAACCAAAAGAGGGACGCUUGCUUGAUGGAUCCGAAAAUGACUUCAGAUCUCCAAAAAGGAUUCAGCGUUUGUUGGAACUCGGUAUGGCAAAUGAUCAUCUCCCAUUGGAAGAUAUCACAGAGAAAGCAGGCACAAUUAAUAAAACCUGGAGCAUUGACAAAAAUAAAGCAUUUGUCCACUUGAAGUGCCUUUUUGAACUGAUGAACAAUCACAUUUAUGAUGAAGACUCUCACCACUGGAAAACACUGAGGACAACUGCAUUUCUUCCAGCAUAUUCACCUGGUGAUGCAAAAAUGGAAGGAAAUGUAACACUUAAAAGGCCCAUUGAUGUUUUUAGUGACAAAUGCUCCCUUCUCGUUAACAUGACACAACCAGUGCUGGAUAAUAGUAAUUUGAAAAUACACCACAGUGAUCCAGUCCUACAGAUCUUGGGCGUGAACAGCACUCCGAAGCCAGAGGUGGUGCUCCAGCAGCUGCAUGAAGGAAGCAAACAAGCACACUCCAUUGACAGAGCCAUGCUUUACAAAAUAGCAUUUGAGUGCUAUAAGUGUCUGGAUCAGUGGAUCUGGGACUCUGGAAAUACCUCUUACAUUUCACAACAAGCAAAUUCAUUUCCAUUCAUCCUCAUUGGCGAUACAUUUGUGAAUGUUGAUCGUGUAGCUGAGAACGGGCAAUCUGAAGCAAAGCCCUAUCUCCACGUACUUCCAGCUGCCUUCACAAGCUUCAGGAACCUCUGGACAUGUAUAGGUGUUGAAAAACAAUUCACAACCACUCAGCUUCUAACUGUGUUGCAGGAAUUAAAAGCUCAACAUGGAAACCAGCCCCUACCAGAGAGUGAUCUCUCAGUUGUCUUCACAAUUUUAAACAAAGGGAUUUUUGAGGCCAAAGUCAAAAUCACAGAUGACUGUCUGAUACCCAAUGAGUGUGGAGUUUUGCAGUUUGCUAGUGAGCUAUUUUACAAUGACAGCCCAUGGAUGCCACUAACUUCAGGUGUCACAUUGUGUCACGAGAAUAUCCCACGACCUAUGGCUCGCCACCUUGGAAUCAAAACAACAAGGCAUCAUUCUCUGGAAACCCACAUAGUUGAUGACAUGUCACCAUUUGCUUUUGAGUUUGAACAGCAGGAACAGCUGACUGUUCGUAUUAAAAACAUAAUUUCAGCCUAUCCAUCAAAGAAGGAUAUCCUUAAAGAGCUCAUCCAAAAUGCUGAUGAUGCAGAAGCAACAGAAAUUCACUUCAUCUGGGACAAAAGACAACAUGGGAAAGAAAAAACAUUUGGGAAGAAAUGGAACAAUCUCCAGGGUCCAGCACUUUGUGUGUUCAACAACAAAGUGUUUUCUGAUGCUGACAUUAAGGGAAUUCAACCUGGGAGAGGGAGGAAAGCACAACACCCAGGGAAGAUAGGGAAGUACGGAGUUGGAUUCAACUCUGUUUACCAUCUGACUGACUGUCCUUCGAUCCUUACAGGAGAUAAAGUACUUUGCAUUUCUGACCCCACAAAAUACAUUGAAAAAACUUCAAAUAACGAACGAUAUGGCAUUGGCUAUAAACUAGCUGACACUUUCAAAGAAAUGUACGUAGAUGUCUACAAAUCAUUUCUUCCAGACAAAUUCUCUCUUAAAGAGGGCACCAUGUUCAGAUUACCUCUGAGAAUGGGUACAAAUGCAAAUACCUCCAAAAUAUCACAGCAAGGAGUCACUGACCGCGACAUGAAAGAACUGUGCUCUGCCCUGUCUGAAGAUCCUGAAGGACUAAUUCUCUUUCUGAAAAACAUCUGCAAAAUCAAAGUCCAUGAAAUCAGUGAAGAUUCAACAGGACUUAAACCAUCUUUGAGAUGUUUGCCCAGACUGGCAUGA